AUGACACUUACAAUUGUUCUAUUUAGCUGUUUUAUCUUUUUCAUUAUUGUAUAUCUGCGGACCAUCAAUAAUUCUUAUGAUUAUUUCAAACGUUCUGGUAUUCCAGGACCUCCACAUCGUUUCUUUUUUGGCCACUAUCUAGAUCUUUGGUCAGUUAACUCGGUCUCAAAAAAAUUUCAAGAAUGGACUCGUCAAUAUGGCUCAAUCUAUGGAUUAUUUGUAGGCACAACACCAAUGUAUGUUGUUUCUGACGUUGAUUUUCUUCAAGAAGUUUAUAUUAAACAAUUCUCAUCAUUUCAUUCACGUCGUCUUCCAAUUUUGUUACGUCUUCAAAGAGGCAAUAGAAUUCAUUUAUUGGGAGCAACUGGACUUAGAUGGCGUCGUCAGCGACAUGUUAUUAAUCCGACAUUUUCAGCUGCUAAACUUAAACUUAUGAUGCCAUUAGUAAAUAAAUGCAUUGAAGCAAUGCUAAAAAAGUUAUCGGAAAUAGCUUGCGAUAAAGAACAAGAGAUCAAUAUAUAUACAUUAUACAAACGGAUGACCAUGGAUGUUAUAUGUCAUUGUGCAUUUGGUAUUGAUACAGAUAUGCAAAAUGAUGUUGAUAAUAUAUAUUUAAAAAAAUCAGCUGAAACAUUUGCCGUCGAUGUUGAUAAGUUAUUCAUUGUUAAAAUGACGGAUUUAUUUCCAUUUUUUGUUAAUCCAUUCUGUCAAUUUUAUCUUGGUCAAAUAGCUAUUCGAAGAUCAUUGAUAAGACUGUUUCCGGUCUUGAGCAAAUAUAUUGAAGAAACACCUGGUUCAUGGUUAACAGAUCGUGUUAGAGAUGUUGUCAAUCUUCGAACUAGCUCAUCAACAGCCACUACGAUCAAACGUAUAGAUUUAUUACAACUUAUGAUCGAUGCUUCGACAACAUGUGAUGUUCGCGAUCAUUGUGAUGAACAAUUCACGUCAAAAAAAUUACAUGAAGAUGAAGUUGUGAGCAAUGUAUUUCUUUUUAUGAUUGCUGGCUAUGAAACAACGUCAACAGCACUUGCUUGUUCAACAUAUAUUCUAGCAACAAAUCCCAAAGUACAAGAUAAACUCAUUGAAGAAAUUGAUCAAAUCAAAUGGGAUGAUAGGUCACAUGACGAAGAUACUUAUGAAUUAGUUAUGAAUCUUUCCUAUCUCGAGAUAUUUGUACGUGAAGUUCUUCGAAUGUAUCCAAUAACAACCAAAGGACAAGUACGACAAUGUAAUCAAACAAUAAAUAUUUCUGGUCAUAUUAUUGAAAAAAAUAGCAUUAUUCAACCCGAUAUAUUCAGUAUUCAUUAUGAUCCAGAUUUGUGGGGUCCAGAAGAUCCGAAUCUUUUUAUACCAGAACGACAUUUAGCUAAACGUCAUCCGAUUGCCUGGAUGCCAUUUGGUGUUGGUCCGAGAAAUUGUGUUGGUAUGCGAUUUGCAUUAAUGGAAUUGAAAAUGUGUUUAAUUGAAUUGCUUCAACAAUAUCGAAUAUUACCUAGUGAUAAAACUGAAGAAGGAUUUCAACUUCGAGAAAAGAUUUCAAUUGGGCCUGAUGCAGUUUUUAUUAAACUGGAAAAACGCUCUGUUUGA